AUGCCAGUGGUGGCCAUGGCAUGGUGGUGGCAUGCAGACGUCACAUGCCUUGACUGGGAUGGAGCUUUUGCACUGGGCACUGUGAGGUCACGGCAAGAAGUUCUGGCCCCACUACCCCCAGGGUCCCACAUCACGGUAACAUUGCGGUGGGUCCCGGGCGGCUAGGUCAUAAAACUUUUAGGCCAUGUUGAAACGCAACAUCGUCCUCACCAAUGUCACCGUUGUCCAGCUGCUGCGACAGCCGUGCCUGGUGACCAGAGCACAGCAUCCACCGGAGCCCAAGGCUGAGGCAGAGCCAGUCAAGGAGGAAAUGCCACCUCAUCUGCCGCCUCCACCAUCUAAGAAGGUUUCAGCUCGGGAGCUGACUGUUGGCAUCAACCAAUUUGGACGCAUCGGUCGCCUGGUGUUGUGUGCCUGCACGGAGAGGGGCAUUAAAGUGGUGGCGGUGAACGAUCCAUUCAUUGACCCAGAAUACAUGGUGUACAUGUUCAAGAUUGACUCCACCCCUGGCCGAUUCAAGGGGAGUGUGGAAAGCAGGAAGGGAAGGCUGGUGGUGGACGACCAGGGGAUCAGUGUCUUCCAAUGCCCAGAUAUCCCCUGGGAGUCUGUUGGGAGCCCCUAUGUGGUAGAAUCCACAGGCGUGUACCUGUCCAUAGAUGAAGCUUUGGGCCACAUCGAGGCAGGUGCCCUAUGUGUGGUCAUCACUGCACCCUCACCAGAUGCCCCCAUGUUUGUCAUGGGGGUGAAUGAAAAGGACUAUAACCCUCCCUCCAUGAAAAUUGUCAGCAAUGCAUCCUGCACCACCAACUGCCUGGCCCCUCUUGCAAAGGUCAUCCAUGAGCGACUUGGGAUAGUGGAAGGGCUGAUGACCACAGUCCAUUCCUACACUGCUACCCAGAAGACAGUGGACAGGCCAUCAAAGAAGGCCUGGCGAGAUGGAUGGGGCGCCCACCAGAACAUCAUCCCAGCCUCCACAGGGGCUGUCAAGGCUGUGGGCAAAGUCAUCCCGGGCAGGAAGCUGCAACCAGGGAAGCUAAUAGGAAUGGCAUUCCAGGUGCCAACUCCAGACGUGUCUGUUGUGGACCUGACCGGCCGCCUGGCCCAGCUUACCCCACACUCAUCCAUCAAGGAGGCCAUAAAAGCAGCAGCCAAGGGGCCCAUGGCUGAUCUUGCCUACACCGAGGAUGAGGUCGUCUCCACGGACUUUGUCACCAAUCCCCACUCAUCCAUCUUUGAUGCUAAGGCCGGCAUCGCACUCAACGACAACUUUGUGAAGCUCAUUUCCUGGUAUGGGGCAAAAUAUGACAACGAAUGCGGCUACAGUAACUGCGUGCGCUACAUGUUCAGCCGCGACAAGUGUAACAGGACGGCCCCACUCUGCUUCCGCGCUCUGGGGCCAGAACCUGUAUCUCCCCUUGCCGCUCUCGGCUCCCCCAGGGAAGAAGGGCAGCCUGCGCCGCAGGGCCAAUGGUGA